CUCUCUUUCUUUCUUGCUCCGUUCGUUCGCUGCUUCUCCACUUAAACAGGCCAUCUCCAAUCUCCACCGCCGGAACGAUGCUCAGCCUAUCGCCACUUUGAGACCCAAAUCAGGUGCGGCCAUUUCUAACUCUUUUGAUAUGCAUUCGCUCUGAUAUGAUUCACAGUCUUGGCGCCCACCGCCUCUUAUACCGUUCUCGCAUAGCCUACUGUGUCAAAGUUGGUCUCAUCGAUCAAGCCGUCCAAGUGUUCGACGAAAUGACUCAAGCACAAUGCCGAGUUUUUAGCAUAGAUUAUAAUCGAUUCAUUGGUGUCUUGGCCCGCCAUUCCCGUCUCGAUUUAGCUGAGCAUUAUUAUAACAAAAUGGUUCCUCAGGGUUUUUCUCUAAACCCCUUUACUUACUCUAGGCUCAUUUCAGCUCUUUGUGUGAUUAAGAAUUUUUUUCUUAUUGAGAAACUUUUGGAAGACAUGGAUAAGCUUGGUUAUGUCCCUGAUAUUUGGGCCUUUAAUAUAUACUUGAAUGUUUUGUGUGGAGAUAACCAGGUGGACUUCGCAUUGAAAGUUUUCCAUUGUAUGGUUCAGAAGGGUAGAGAGCCUGACAGUGUUACGUAUACUAUACUCAUUGAUGGGUUGUGUAAAGCUAGGAAAUUUGAUGCUGCUGUGGGAGUUUGGCGUAGUAUGAUAAGCACAGGGCUCACCCCUGAUUGUAUUGCUUGUACGGCUCUUGUCAUUGGUUUGUGUGAUGGUGGGAAGGUUGAUUUGGCUUAUGAACUUAGUAUUGGUGAAUUCAAAGAUCGAGUUGAGUUCAACCGUUUGAUAUAUAAUUCACUAAUUAGUGGGUUUUGUCGAGUUGGUAGGAUUGAUAAGGCUCAGGCAAUCAAAGAUUUUAUGAAGACAAAUGGGUGUGAGCCAGAUUUGGUUACUUAUAAUGUGUUGUUGAAUUAUUGUUGUGAUGGGUUAAUGUUAGAGGAGGCUGAGAAAUUGAUGAAGAAAAUGGAGAGUGAUGGAAUGAAACCUGAUUCUUAUAGCUAUAACCAGCUUCUCAAAGGUCUUUGCAAAGCUAAUCGACCAGAAAAGGCUUAUUUGCUUAUGAUUAGUAGGAUGGAGACGAAAAUGUUGUGUAAUGUUGUUUCGUAUAAUACUAUUAUUGGAGCGUUUUGCAAGGCUCGUCUUACUAGAAGGGCAUACAAGCUUUUUCAGGAAAUGAGCCAGAAGGGAAUUGAACCGGAUGUUGUAACAUUCACAAUUCUUAUAAAAGCAUUUCUUAACGAAGGUAGUUCUGAUGUAGCCAAAUUGCUUCUUGAUGAGUUGAUGAGAAUGGGUCUCUCACUAGAUUGCAUAUUUUACACUGCCAUAGUUGAUCAGCUAUGCAAGGCAAAGAAGAUUGAGAUGGCUCUUAGUGUUUUCAGUGACAUGGUUGAAAGAGGAGUCACUCUUGAUGUGAUUUCAUACAAUGCCCUUAUAAAUGGGCUUUGCAAAGCUUCUAGAGUGAGUGAAGCUAUGUGUCUAUACAAUGAAAUGCAAACUAAAGGAUUCAGUCCAGAUGAAGUGACUUUCAAAUUGAUAAUAGGGGGCCUCAUUCGGGAAAAGAAGCUUCAUGAGGCAUGUAGUGUAUGGGAUCAGAUGAUGGAGAAGGGCUUUACUCUUGGAACAGCUGUUUCUGAGACUCUAAUUAAUGCUAUUAAUUCAAGGGAUGGUGAGUGAACUUGCAAAAUGGUUUCUGCCUGCAUGUUGUCCCAAGUUUUGCUUCAAGACUUCCAUUCUGUCCACCCCCAACAAAAGAGAUUUUGCUGACUGUUUUACGUGAGUGGUAUGCUCUGAGCAAAAACACCAUGCCGUAUUUUAAGCGAUCCUAUUCUUAUCCUCAACAUUGUUUUCUGAUUGAUCAAUAAUGCUUCCGUCUGUAUGCAAUACCGGAAAGAUCAUUUGGCAGCUUUGACUAAAAGUUCCUGAAGAUCAAUCCUCUUAAUUCUUGUAUGAUCUAUCUUUGCGUCCUUCCAAGCUAUGUAAAUUUAUUAAACUGUGACGUAAGAAAGUACUAUAACCUCUUGUGUCCCCUUAUGUCUCUGUUGGUUUGAAGUGCUGGUAUCAUCCACGGAUGGCUGAAGAAUGCUGCCUUUGGGACAACAGAGUGUGAAGGAGCUUAGUAAGUUUCAAAGUCUCUGUUUUAUGGUUACUUCACUCAAAUGGGAAAAAGCAAGUAGGAGGAAAUGAAGGGAAUGUGUUUGUUCAAAUUCAUUGAUUCUCUGAUCCACUUCAAGAAGAUAAUUUUGAAGCUCGUGUUGGACUGAAAAUUUAUCUCCACCAGCAUGGCAGCAUCAGUGUCCUAAGAAACACUGAUUGCAGAUGUUAUACAAGAAAUGACCUAAUCAUUUUGAGGGCUAAAACUGACUAUGGUUCACUCCAUUCCGCAAUGAACCUGUGUUUGUGAGCUUUUAUUUUUUUAGAAAGUGGCAAUGUCCUGCACAUUAGAUGAUUUAUUUGAAAUCCAUAUUGAGUACACAUACUAGGUAGAGAAAGUGGCAAUGUAUUGUACAAUAUUUUAUCAUUAUUAGUAUUAUUCUUCAUAAUUUGAGUGUAUACACAAAACUUAUCCGACACCAAAAAGAAAAUUUUUGGGAUUUGGUUUACAAAUCAAUAUUAUAGAAAGAAGCAAUUUUAUGUAUUA